UAUAAAAAUGCCUGAUUCAAAUAAUUCUUUGAUCGAUAAACUUGACCCUAACUCAUUAAAUAAGACAUCUUGUUGAACUAGACGAUUCUUGGAUUGUGUGAAUAGGAGAUUGCUCUUGAUGAGAAAUAUGUUAGAAAAAUUAAAACCAGCUUACGAACAAGAAGGAGCAAGCAAUGAAGACAUUGACAAUCUUAUGAUUAAUUCUAUCGAAGACAAAACUAAGAACAAAUAUUUUGGUCAUAUUAGGAACACAUGAUUGGCUAUAAUGGUUACUUGCUUGCUAAUUGCUGCUUUCAAUUUUUCAGAUAUGUCUGAUGAAAAAUAUCAAGUUUCAGUCAAUUCGUCAAUUUAUUCUAUAGUGAUAAUCUUGACUUUAGUUGCCAUCAAGUAUUGGCCAAUCUAUAUUAUUUAUUGAGUUCCAAUAUUAAUAGGCAUUAGUUGUUAUUCUCCUAAUAUUCUAACUUUAAGUAAAAACUCAUACAGGUUAGAUGAGUAUCAUCUAACAAGCUGAUGCUUCAGUCAUAUGCUAGUGGUUCUUGUCCCAAAUAAAUGGAAAUCUAGUGCCCUAAUAUAUUCCAUAACAAUGAUACAUCUUGGAUAUGGAAUCUGGGCUACUUAUGGAAUUAUCAACUUAGACAUAAUUUUAAGCUUCGGAUCUUCUUGUGCUUGGUUUUCUAUUUCUUGCUAUGUUUUAGUCACGAGAACGAGAAGUAUGUAUGCUGAAAUCCUCAAAAACAAAAAGCUCAUCACCGAAAUGAAGAAAGUCAUGCAAGUCCUCCCCUUCGGUGUUGUCAUCUGGCCCUCCAAAGCCACAGACAAGUGGUUCACCAACAUUGAGUUCACCAACAAGUUUGCUAAAAUUCGCAGAGACCUCGAAGAACUCAAUAGUAUCGAUGUAUCUUUUGUGGAAGAAGACAAGCAGAACCAUCAAGAUGGGCCUCGCGAACUCUCUGCGUUCUUGAAGGCACAGCAACAGCAACUUGACUCUAAAGACUCGAUGACCGACAGCGAUGUCAAGAUCGAGUGCAACCCACACAGCCUUAUAGAACAGGCUGAUGACACAGACAGCAGAACUUGUAACGUUAAGACCCUCAUGGUUGAGUGGGAAGGCUCCGAAGCCUAUAUGCACGUGUUCGUAGAUAUCACCGACUUCAUCAAGCUGGAGGAGGCCAAGAACAACAUAAAGUGCCAGAAGAUCAUGUUCACAAGUGCAUCACAUGAGUUCAGGACGCCUUUGAAUUCAAUUACAAACUCAUUUGAUAUUGUAUUUGACUCUUUUUAACAGCAUCUACAAAAUAUUUGAAACUAAGCUAACUCAACUAAGUGUUAUCGACGAACAAUUUGUUGAUUGAAGCGUCCAAACUUUAAAGAAGUUUUAUCAUAUCGGCAAAACUUCUUCAAUGAUCUUAUUAACUUUGGUUGAAGAUGUACUGAACUUAUCUAAAAUGGAGGCUGGUACAUUCUUCAUUACUAAUAGUGUUUUCUAUAUUCAAGAAGUCCUUGAAGAGGUUUACGACAUAUUUCACAUGCAAUGUCAGCUGAAGCAGCUCAAAUUAGAACUGAAUGUUUCCAAUAAUUGUAAGGAUUUGCUUAUUAAGUCUGACCAAUCGAGACUCAAGCAAAUCCUCUUGAACUUAAUGUCGAAUUCUUACAAGUUCACCUUCAAAGGCUAUAUCAAAAUAGACUGAAAAAUCGUUGACAAGCAUAAUCAGAAAUACUGCCAAAUAACUGUGAGCGACAGCGGAGUUGGAAUCACCGAGGAGCAGCAAGGCAAACUAUUUACUAUGUUUUCAAUGGGUCAGGACCCCAACAAAUGUAACUCAAAUGGGUCAGGCAUUGGCCUCACGAUCAGCAAGAAAUAUGUUGAAGCCAUGGGAGGAACUAUCUUUGUAGAAUCAGCCAUUGAUGAAGGAACUGUAGCCACAUUCACAAUUCCUGUUCAACAGGACUUAAUCCUUGAUCAAGAACUUGAACUGACUGCUUCUUUAUGAAAUGAAUUCACACGAGAAGAACUCUCCAGCAAAAAUCAUGACUUUUCUUAUUUAAGUAGAGAAAUUGAGCUAGGAUCUAAAGGAAAACUAUUCUAGACUCUUAGCACAGCUGAAAAAUAAUACCUUUCAUAUUCAAAAUUAUGAAU